CAGCCCCAGAGCCACUGGAGGAACAUGAAGGACUUUUUUUACAAAGCGUGGUGCUGGGGCAGGGCUGUUUCGGGCAGCCUUUCUGCCGGGGCAGGGCUGUUUCGGGCAGCCUUUCUGCCGGGGCAGGGCUGUUUCGGGCAGCCUUUCCGUGGGCACGGGGCUGGCAGCACCUCCCGCUCGGCGGUACCGGGAGCAGCGAGCCCUGGCGGCCGGGGCUCCUUCCCUGCCUUAAUCCCGCACCUUUCUCCCCCUCCCCUUCCCAAUAAACUCAGUUCAGCUUCCGCUCGAUCCCGGCUCCUUCUGCGCCCUCAGCCGGGACCGCAGCGCCGGCCCGGAACGGCCAAGCCCGGCCGCGCGUUCCGGGGGACGGCGGCGCUGAGGGACGGGCUGAGGGCCCGGUGUCACCAUGGCCGCGUCCCCCGGGCAGCGCCGCCGCUGGGAACGGUACCGGGGCUGGGAACGGCCCGGCUGAAGGGCAGCGUGGUGCAGGAGGACACCGAGGAGUGGCAGAAGGAUCCCCGUUUCACCGGGCUGCACAGAGUGGGAGGUGUGGAUUUAUCCUACAUCAAGGGCGACGAGAGCCGUGCCUGCGCCUCCCUGGUCGUGCUCAGCUACCCGGGGCUCGAGGUGCUGUACCAGGAUUGCCGCAUGGUGCCCGUCACUGCCCCGUACGUGGCCGGGUUCUUGGCCUUCCGAGAGGUCCCUGUCCUGGUGGAAGCUGUCCAAAGACUUCAGCAGGAGGAGCCCCAGCUCCAGCCUCAGGUGCUUCUGGUAGAUGGGAAUGGCCUGCUCCAUCCCAGAGGAUUUGGCAUAGCCUGUCACCUCGGAGUCCUGACAGACCUGCCGUGCAUUGGUGUGGCCAAGAACCUCCUGCAGGUGGAUGGCUUGGUCAGGGAUGAGCUGCACAGGGAGCAGGUUCGUUCCCUGCAGAGGUCAGGAGAGACAUUCCCACUGACAGGCACCUCAGGGAAGGUCCUGGGCAUGGCGCUGCGGAGCUACAACAACAGCUCCAAGCCGCUGUACGUGUCCGUGGGGCACCGUGUGAGCCUGGGCACGGCCGUGCGCCUCGUCAGGGCCUGCUGCCGCUUCCGCGUCCCGGAGCCCAUCCGCCAGGCUGACAUUAGGUCCAGGGAGUACCUUCGGAAGCUGCCCUGCGCUCCACGGGACGUGCUGGAGCCUGCCAGCCCAGAGAGCAGCAAAAAGGAGGCUGAAUUGGAGGAUUAGUCUGGUGCCAGAAGAAAGUGCAGAGCUGCUCUUCGCUGGGCCCUCUCCUGCACCAAGGCUGGGUGCUGCUGGGUGCAGGAGCCCAGUGCCACCCUGAGGGACAGCUGUGCCAGGCUGUGUCCCACAGGACAGCACCAGCCACUGCUCAGGGGGAAUCCUUGCAGUGAAUUUCUCAGGGUUCCUUUUCAAGUCCUGUUAAAGUCCUUGUGCAAGCAGAGGCUCACCUGUAAGUUUGCAGCACCUGGCUGGAGUCCUUGGGCUGCUGCAGGGGGUGAUUUAGAGAUGCUGAGGUGUUCCCACUGCAGAGCCAGUCUGUGUCUCCCACCACACCUCUGGAACUGAGCCCUCCUUUCCCUGUCCCUGCAGCCUGGGCUGUUCUCUGCACAUUCCUGGGGAGCAGCAGCCCUGUUCCAGCUCCAGCAGCCCUGUUCCAGCUCCAGCAGCC